AUCAGAGAAGGGGAAUACUAUGAAGAAAUGAUGCGCUAUCUCCGGAGGAAUCUUGCAUUAUACCCAUACCACCUUGCAGACUAUAUAUGCCGAGUAUUGAGGAUCUCGCCAUUCAGAUAUUACUGCGACAUCCUUUUUGAAACUAUGAAGAACGGUAAUCCCUUUUGCGAGUUUGUGUUUCUUAAGCAUCCUAUAAUCUUAGAGGUCACUCUUAAUAUCUUAGUUAUUUGUCAUCUGGCAUAAUGUCACAUUUAAAAAUAGAAUAGGACUAAUCCAUGGUGGUAUCUUGCUGUUUAAAUUUAUUCUGGUUGCAUUUUUUGGGCAAUGUCUAGCCUAAAGGACUAGCCCAAAUUGGUCAAAAUGUUCGUCAUUGUUUCUGUUUUUAUUAGUUGUAGAACAAGGGAACCUACUGAUAGGCAACUGCAAGCCUGAAGCAUCAUUCCACUAUUUUUUAUCUUUCCACCUAUUGCUUUAUUAUUAUGGGUUCACGUGCGCUUGGGCGGCUUGGCGUUAAAUAUGGCCAAGUAUCAGUCUUUGAGUUGUCAGGUUCGCUAAUUUAGUAAUGGUUAAAAAAACAAAAGUAUUGCCCUAUCUGUCUCCUGCUAAAUUUUACGCAGGUCCUGGUGUAGAACAUGAAGGUUUCAUAAAAAAAAAACUCGACCACGGGGAGAAGAUGUCCCCUGGUUUUGUCUUAAGAGGGGAGUACCAAACCCUUUAGGGAGGUAUUCACACGACUUGCGAGCACCUGUGUUCGAGCCCAGGUGGGCGGCCUCUCAACUGUUGGCUCUACCAACCUAGCUACUGCUCGGUUCGCGCAACAUGCAGAACAACCAUAUGAUAGUAUUCCAAACUUCACUGCUGCUGAUGCAUUAAGGCUUACUGGUGUUGGGAGAAAUGAGUUUAUUGAUAUUAUGAACAAAUGCAGAUCAAAGAAAUUAAUGUGGAAGCUGAACAAAUCGAUCGCAAAAGAAAUGCUGCCUACACAACCUGUUGACUUCUCAGUUGAGCCUUGGUGGGGGGUUUGUCUUGUUAACUUUACAUUGGAAGAGUUUAAGAAACUUUCAGAAGAAGAGACAACAACAAUAGACAAAAUAUGCAAAGAGGAAGCCAAUUCAUAUGUUCUUUUUGAUCCAAAGGUUAUAGAUGGCCUUUAUAAAAGAGGGCUUGUGUACUUCGAUGUGCCUGUUUACCCAGACGACCGUUUUAAAGUUUCCAGGCUUGAAAAUUUUGUUUCUAACAAGGAUCAAUCGUAUGAAGACCCAAUUGAAGAGCUACUGUAUGCUGUAUUUGUUGUAUCAAGUGCUAAUGCUACUGUCGCUGAAUUGGCUGCAACUCUACAGGCUGACCUUUAUCAGCUGCAGGCAGCUGCAUCAUUUGCUUGUCGAUUGGGCUGGGCUGUAAAACUAUUGGAUGCAGACUCUGUUCUUAAUGAUGAAGGUGCACAUGCGUUUCCCGGUAAUAUUCUUAGUGAUGAUGAAGAAGGUUCAAAUACAAGUAUCAACUCAGAAAAGUCUGGUCAACAAUUGGUUAGCAUGGAUUCUGAUGGACCCAGGAAAAUAUCUGGAGCUGCUCAUGUGGGCUUUGUUGUUGAUGCCAAUGUUACUUCAUACUUGAUGAUGGGUUCAUUGUCCCCAGGUUUAAAAUCUCAUGCUGUCACACUUUAUGAGGCUGGAAAGCUGGGUGAUUCUUGCAUUGCAGAACUAUGUAGUGAUCUGGCUAGUUUAGAGGGAAAGAAAUUUGAGGGUGUUCUAGAGGAGUUUGCAAAUCAUGCAUUCAGUCUGCGAUGCUUCUUGGAGUGUUUACAAUCUGGUGGAGUUUCUAUGAACGAAGUGACUGAUUAUGCUGGUGAAGCUUUGCAUGACAUUGACAGUGCUACUGGCCAUUUGGCCAAAGUAAAUAUCGAGGUUGUUCAUGAUGAUAACCGUGAUGAAUUACCCCAUCAUAACCAGUGUACAGGUGAUUUAGAUAAUAGUGAUGGGAAUAUAUUGUCACCAGCAAUGGCUUUAUCUGAAAGUGGGGAAAACAUGGUGAAAAACGACUCAGAGAAUGGUUCAAUCACGCAACUAGAUGUUUCAACUGACACUCGAGUGUCAAAGAACAAAAGGAAGUACAAAGUUGAUAUUCUUCGAUGUGAGAGCUUAGCCUCACUUGCCCUGGCAACACUGGAACGUCUGUUACUCCGGGACUAUGACAUUAUUGUUUCAAUGGUUCCUCUUCCUUCUUCGUCAGUUCUUCCAGGCCCUUCAGGCCCAAUUCAUUUUGGCCCACCUUCUUAUUCCUCCAUGACACCUUGGAUGAAGCUACUAUUGUAUACAGCAGGGCAUUGUGGACCGGUAUCUGCUAUUUUCAUGAAAGGACUGCGUUUUAGACUGCUGCCUGAACCAUUAGCUGGUUGUGAAAAAGCACUGAUAUGGUCUUGGGAUUGCUCUGUGGUGGGUGGACUAGGAGGGAAGUUUGAAGGGAGCUUAGUCAAGGGCAACCUACUGUUACACUGCUUGAACUCGAUGCUUAAACAAUCUGCUGUGCUGGUGCAACCACUUAGUAUAAAUGAUUUAAACGCAUCUGGAAACCUUGUCACUGUCGAUAUUCCUUUACCCCUAAAGAAUGAUGAUCAGUCAAUUGCAUCUGCGGUAGCUCACACUAAUCUGCCAAAGGAACAGGUCUUAAAUUUGACCUCUGUAUUGAAAAAUCUAUCCAGUAAAUUUGAGCUGACAACACUUGGUUACCUUCGUUUACUAAGACUUCAAAGGAUUGAUGAACCGGAAAAAUUUGACCCAGAAAAUUUAAAUUAUCAGUGGGUGCCUUUGAGCUUGGAGUUUGGGAUUCCGUUAUUCAAUCCGAAGUUGUGUGAGAGGAUUUGUGAAAGGGUGGUUGCAUCCCAUAUGCUUCAGAAAGAUGAUCUAACUGAACAUUGUGAUGUGAUGCAAAAUAUAAGAAGGCAACUGAGAGAACUUUGUAGUGAAUAUCAAGCAACAGGUCCAAUAGCAAAGUUGUUUAAUAAGCGUGGAAGCUCAAGGGACACACCGCGCAGCUUAAUCAACAGUAUUAGUAGCAGAUGGAAUCUCAGUAAUGACCCUUCAACUCCAACCAGCGGAGGAGCCCCAAGUGAACAUGAGAGGCUGAAAUUUGCUGGACGGCAGAGAUGCCACACAGAAGUUGUGAGCUUUGAUGGGAGCAUUGUCAGGUCAUAUGCACUUGCUCCUGAGCACAAUGAGGCCGCCACCAAACCUAUCUCCGAGGAAAACUCAUCCGUACAUGAUGUAAAACCAGAUCCAGAAGAGACAGACAGCAAGGACGUAGUCUUGCCAGGAGUUAAUCUUAUAUUUGAUGGAGCCGAAUUACAUCCCUUUGAUAUUGCUGCUUGCCUUCAAGCACGCCAACCUCUUUGGCUUAUAGCUGAGGCAUCAGCAGCUUCAUCGGCAUUUGUAUGAUGUGUCCAUAACUCCAUUAUAGCCAUUAUGAUUCCAAUAUCUUCAAGUUGGUGGAUGAAAAUUCAUUCGUUGCAAGGCGGCUCCUCAAAGGCACAUAUUAUCAGUCUGAUUCUUAGGAAAACCAAAGUAGCAGGCUGCUGCUUUUUGCGCUAUCACCAAGUGCUUUCAUACGAAUUGACUGGAUGGAGCUCAUCAACUGGGGAGAUGCAUUUUUUGAAGCCACCUACUCCAUCAUAUGUAAGUACACGUCUUCAAGCUGGCGCUUUAUUUGUUUCUCAAGUUGUGCCAAGGUUUGGACAGCAACUUGCUGAGAAUACUGAAUACCUGAAUGUUGAUUUUGGAGGUUGCCCAUUGUGGAUCAGCUCAAGUUACCAUGCUCAAAUAGACGCCUGAGAUUGUUUCAUGUGAGUGCCAGUAGUGACAGUGUUUUCUCCGUAAAACAGUGUUCUUUUUGUGUGAUUUAGAUUCCUUUAUUUCAGUACCUAAUGGAGAAGGCUUCCAAUUAUGAAAAGAGAAUCAAACUGAAAAUUCACGUACUAGAUUGAACUGGUUUGAGACAAAUCAGGAUUGUUAUACUUUUUUUCUUUUCAUGCCCCUUUAGAACUGUUCUUUCUAUAUCAUUAUACUUUUUUUCUUUUCGUGCC